UGCAAAACCCAGAAUGACCGGCCGAGGACUUUUAAACUAGGCGGAAGCCCGCCCGAUCACUCCUCCCGACCCCAGCCUUGCGACAAGGCCAGUCCCUGAGACGAGAAAUUACGCCUUCCGAUCAUUUGGCCCAGCCGCUACCAGCGAUGCCCAAGUGACACAGUCUGUACAUGAGCUGGAGCAUCAAGCAGACCGUUCAACUUAUACUGGGAACAUAGAUUUUUACAGCCCCACAAUGGACGCCAUUCUUAGGCUUUUGACAGAAACUGAACAAUGGCAAUCUACCGAAAAUGAUCCUACUUGGGGUUACUAUGUCUUUGUCACAGCAUACUCUGAUAACGCACAGAAUAAAUUGUCACAGGCAAUAGCUAACUGGAUUUAGGUGUGUCACAGCGUACUCUGACAAUGCACGGAACAAAUUGUCUCAGGCAAUGGCUAACUGGGUCAAGGUGGUUGAGAAGAGCCUAACCAUUGAAACAUUCCCUAUCUACUCCACUGAAGCUCUUCGUCGUUUCAAAUUCAAUGUUAUCCAGGACCAGGAUGCUCUGGAUGGUGCACCUGUAGAUCGAGUACGCGGUGAAUUUCAUGCACAGAUCAAGGGGUUACGCUUGCGCGAAAAGAAUGGUGAUGAUGAAGAUCAAGAUGAUCCCACUGGAAUAUCUGCUUUUCUACCGCCUGCACGGAACCUGGCAUGUUUUCUACUUGAUGAGGCUGCCAUUAAUAUCCUAGCUGAUAUUAGCAAUAUUCCAGAUGACCUUCUAGAGUUUCUGCGGAUUUUUAAAAAUAAGACCAUAACGAUUGUGGAUGGCUUCUGGGAUCGAUUGAGACAGAAGAACCAGGAGAGCUAUCGCGGAGUUGGCCAGCUGGAUAUAUCAGGGUUGGUGGAGUUCUAUACUGAAGUGAUGAUUCGUGCAAAUGCUGGUGCCAUGGCGGAUCUUCAUCCUAUUAACGACUGAAUGGGACUAUUGCGGAAAUGAAU